CCUUCCUUUUGUCCUACCUUGGAUCAAGGAGUCCUGUAUUGCUCAUAAAGAGCUGUGACUAAUGAUGCUGCUGUACAAAUAGUGGUGGCAUAGAAGAAAAAAAGACAGGUAGGAGGAAGAGACAGUAGUACUUGGCUAGAGGAAAACAUCAUAGCUCAGUGUCUGAAUAUUUGUUUUGUAUGCAGAAGAGCCAUAGGUUCAAUCUCUUGGUUGGGAAAGACCCCUGUCCAUCUGGGAGAGCAUCUGCCUGUAAGACUUGGCAAUGCUGAGACAGACUGAGCUGGGAUAAGGCAGCUCCUUGUGUUCAUUGGGAACAUCCCUAGCUCAGUGCCAGAGCACAUGUGUUGCAUGCAGAAGGCCCCAUUUCCAAUCUUUGAUAUCUCCAGGUUGAGCUGGGAAAGAAAACUCGAACUGCACAAUGGAAAAGCUUCUCUUAGGAGAUCAGAACAAAUAUUAAGCAUCUCCUGUCAACCACUUGCAUGUCUGGACAUCCUGCAGUGUGGUGACGAAAACCUGCUGGAUCUGUGGGAGUAAUUGCUAACAUCCAUUCAGGCUGACCUUCGCCUGAAAAAUAAAAUGGCCGCCGAACAAAGCAAUGCAUCGCCUCUGGGACUCCAGUGGGAUGCUGGUGUACAGCGGGGGGUGAAGACAGAGAAGACAGACCUAGCCGUAUUUGGACCAGGGGUGGGAAAAGACCCUCACCUCAUGCAGGCUGGGGGUAUGAGGGAAUUAUGGGGAAUAAACACCACAGAUCAUGUUAAACGUGAGCCACAGAAGGGACUGCCAAAGCCUUGGGAAACCCAACUGCAGGAGUUCCUGAAAGCAAUGGAGUCUUCCCAUUCAGAAGGAAGAAAUCUGCCCCAGCUGGGAUUGGGGUUGAAGGAUGAUAUGCAGGCCUUUCCACCCUAUUUUGCGGGAGCAGCUGAUGCCAAACAACAUCCAAGAGUACAGAGGAUGACUCAGAAUCUGCCAGGCCCAAGCAGAGAAACCCAACAAAUGGAGAACAGCCUGUUGGCCAAAGACAAGGAAGGACAUAGGAAAGUGAAGGAAGAGAUCCUGGAGGAGGAGGAAGCCAUCAGCAUGGAGGUGCAACGCCAGCGCUUCAGGACGUACCACUACCAAGUGAUGGAGGGGCCCCGAGAAGUUUGCAGCCGCCUCUGGGAUCUUUGCCUUCGGUGGCUGAAGCCAGAGAGGCACACCAAGGAGCAGGUGCUGGAGCUGGUGAUCUUGGAGCAGUUCCUGACUGUCCUGCCCCAGGAAAUGCAGACUUGGGUACGAAAAGGUGGCCCAGAGACCUGCUCCCAAGCAGUGGCCCUGGCUGAAGACUUCCUGCUUAAACAGCAUCCUGCGGAGAAACAGGAUGAACAGGUGCCAGGGGUCUUCAAGGAGGGGGCUGCUAGCUUCCCUGAGAUGGAGAGACCUCCUUCCGAUACUUGGCAGAGGUCUCUGUUCAGGGAGAUCAAACUGGAGAACGACGGAGCUGCAACUUUGCAGGCAGGAGAUGAGAAGAAGCAAAAUCAGCCAGAGAACUCUAGGAAGCUAGAGCCGCGUUGGAUGUUGUCAGGAAGACUCGGGCAGAAUGCUUCCUCACAGCCGAAUUCAGGGGAAGCCUCUGCAAACCAGGAAGUAGCACACUCUGAGAAGGAAGGGGACAAGUUCAUUAAUUCUCAGGGGAGGUACGUGGAACUGGAUAGAAAUGUGGUCCAGCUAACACUCCCAGUGGGUGAGAUGCAGAAGCCAGGCAAUGAGAGAGAAAAGUCAUGCGUUCAUUGUGGGAAAGACUUUCAGCUGAAGUGUAACCUCCAGGCCCACGAAAGAACCCACACCGGAGAGAAACCGUACAAGUGCUCUGUGUGUGGGAAAGGGUUUAGUACGCGAGCUUACCUGAUCACUCACGAGAGGAUUCACACCGGCGAGAAGCCGUACCAGUGCUCCGACUGCGGGAAAAGCUUCUGCGAUAAUUCCAACCUGAUAGUCCACAAGAGGACCCACACAGGAGAGAGGCCAUACAAGUGCACAGACUGUGGGAAGAGCUUCAGAGAAAGGCCGGUCCUCAUCAGGCACCAGAGAAUCCACACAGGAGAAAAACCAUAUAAGUGUCGGGACUGUGGGAAAAGCUUCAGUCAGAGCUCGGGCCUUCUAGUACAUGAGAGAACCCACACGCGAGAGAAACCGUAUACAUGCACCGACUGUGGGAAAAGCUUUGGCGGGAAUUCAAACUUGAGGGUGCAUAUGAGAAUCCACACAGGAGAGAAGCCGUAUCGAUGUUCGGACUGUGGUAAAAUUUUCAGUGACAGAUCACUUCUUGUUCGGCAUCAGAGCACCCACCAGGAGGGAAAGUGUUGAAAAACGGACAGACCUGUGCUAGCAAAACUACUAGGGUACUUCCACACUGCCUAGAAAACUGCAGUUUUGAUGCGCGCAUAAUUGGAUACUCAUCCUGAUCACUAGGAAUAUCUGGAAAUGUGACCAUUGUAGUAUGUAUCUUCCUCAAAACAGGGCAUGCCAAGUGUGCCCCCAAAUGGUUCAGAUACUUACACCUGCUAGAAAGCUGAAAUUACAUGCUCUCACAUCAAGACACCUCAAUUUAAUAGGGAUUUCUGAAAGUGUAUCUCUAUUUUGUUUUGAUCUGCUGUUCAAAAUUCAGGAUGUGAAGCUUACCUCAUAAGAGGUCAAACACUCCAGCAAAUUUUUGAACAGUAGAUAUUUUGAGACAUGUACUUUCAGAAACUCUUGUUCAUCAGGAGCCCUGAUGAAACAUAUCCAGUGUCUUGAAAGUGUACUUUGAUGUCCUGCCCCACCACCCAGAGGAGUCUCAGAGAUGUCCUGCCCCGCCACCCACUGCAUCCUCCACACUUGCGGCAUUUGUUAGAGGCAACCACUAUAAGCUUGUUAGAGGCAACCACUAUAAGCUUGAUGAUGGUUAGGGAAUGUGCAAAUGGGUUCUACAUCAAACCACACUCUGUUUGGUCCGAUCUCAAAAACCACCACCCCCUGCCUGUUCGGGGGGGUUCACGAGCUUGUUUGUGUUUUAAGUUGUUUUUUUAAAACUUACCCCUCCAGGGGUGUUCUCUGUGA